ACUAAAACUCAAGCGCGGAAAAAAACUUUUAAAGGGAACCCGAGUGGCAAACACCAGCCGAUCAGAAAGGCUUGCGCAAGCUUUCGCCAAAGGCUGGCCCAUUGGGGAGCUUUCUAUCAUCUGCCACUUUACAGGUAUCGAAGGAAGAAACCAAUGCGCUUGCAGAAUUAUCGCUACGAAGAUGAUGUCGAAGCCUGCUGCGAUUUGGAGCUUCGCGCUGUUCUUAUUGCUCACCUCCACGAAUGUAAAAGGCCAGUGUACCGAAACACAACUGCCCAAUGUACUUGCCUUGGGAACGUGUCUCGGCCUGACUCCCGACUACUGCUUGGACCGGCCUGAAAAUGCGACGGUGGAAGUUAUAAGAAUUUUCACGUGCGUAUUUAGAAUGAUGCCACAAGUCACGGGACCGAUUCAAGCUCUGUUCUACCUAAGAGCGUUAACCGCCGGAGUGCUUUCCAGGGCGCAAUCAGAUGUCAAUCCCAUCGCAGUAGCCAACAUGCUAUGCAACCCAUUCGGGCUGCCUUUGUUUCGCUGUGACAAUGGCCUUCCCGGCACAGUAACGUGCGGGCCACCUGUAAACAUCAGCCUGCCAACAUCCUUCGGGAUCAGUGAGUGCAUCAAUUCAUCCCGCUUGGUCUGCUUGGAAGGCGAAACGCUCAGAAAUGACACUAUGACCGAGCUCAUCGACUUCCUUGCAUGUCUCCUGAGACGAUCACCCGGUGAUGGCGGCACGCUUGCGGGCCGGCUGGCCUGCACACUCGCCCAGUUGGUGCAGCUCUCGGCGCAGCAAUUCAGCGCCGCGUUUCCCCUUCCGCUGCUGGCCGCCGGGAUUCAGAUGUCGGCCAACCGAUUGAGCACGGAGCUGGCGAUGCGCGCCCGCUGCUUCUGAGAAUACUGUGGCGGCAAAGAGCGCCUCCCUACGUGUACGACAGUUAUGCGAUCAUAUGGCGUCGCACUGCCCAAGCGCGAGGUUGUGGGUUCGACUUUUUCCAGUCUGUUGAGACGACGUUUUGACGGGUGCACGCUAGUACGGGGUUCUAGAUUCAGGUUGAGGGAUCGCGGUUAAAUACCAAGCUUAAGGUUGACGUUAAAGAAACGCGUGUGGUCAAAACUAACUCCGGAACAUUCACCAUAAGGCCGUCCCUCACAACACACUAUGCACUUUCGGGGUAGUAAACCCCACAAAUAAAUUUGAAUUAUACUGACAACAACAUAAAUAAGCUAAAAAGAACAUACCAUAAAAAGAACGCGUUUGCUGUGCUAGUUCGUUUACAUUUACGUGCUUAAAAUAUAAGGAAUACAUAUAUUUGAAGUCUUAGACACUGUACCUCGUGCCUAAAUAAGGCGUAAAUAGUUGAAAUUGAGCAAGCCCUAAGGUGGGUAAGCUCUUAUAGGGUAAUUAGUUUUAUACUAACAUUGGUCUCGAAAUCUUAAGUAUCGCGUCGUCGACAUUAUUGUGGUGUCAUGGCGCCGAGCAAAAACACUGUUUCGCGUCGUGUGGAAAUGAGGUCGACUACAGUGGCACUGCUCACGAGAAAAGAACGAACAAUGGUGUUGCACACGUUUCUUCCUGCGGCGGUUUUGUGUCGCCGCUGCCCCGAUCGCAGAAACAGUGAGAGCCAAUAAGUAACGACUUUACGAUCACUUCGUGCUUAGCAGCGCAGGGCCAAAGGCAUUGCACCACCAUGGCCGGUGCACAAAACAAGUAGCACCGUUAAGCUAUUUAUGACACGCUAUCACUAUUCAGCAUAUUUUGUAUGGUUUAGACCAUGCGGAACCUUACUUACAGGAAAAGAAAUGACAAAUCAGAAAUAUCAUGUCAGUAGUGUUCCAUUAAAUAGGAGCGCACAUUACACUAUGACAGAGACAUACGCAGAAUAGGCACCAACUCGCUAUUAAUCUUUAUUCAUGGCAGAAUGAGCGGAAACACAUUUACAGCCAUUUUAACAACCUAGCCAUACAGCCAUACAACCUAGCCAUCACAGUACCUUUACCGGGAACCUUCGUUCGGUCCUGCGCAACAUGCUGUACGUGUCAUAUUAUUAAAGACCGUGUCAUUCGUUUUGACCUAAAACGCGGCCAUUAAUUAUCAUGCAAGCUUGUCUCCGCCCUUAUCCGGAGUUCGGAUACUAGGAAGCAUAUUCCCACAGGUGCAGGUACACCAGUGUGCCGGUAAAUCCCCCACAGAUUGUCAGCGAAAAAAAAAAACGCGUUCCUACCUGCCAUGUUGCACAGCGCUCAAUAAAAAUUAAAGGAAAGAAGUAUCUCCUAAUUAAUGUGUACAGCUAGACUCAUGGUUGAAUGAUGACCGUACAUAUCCUUUCGCUUAUGCGGAAUGCAAUCUGUGUAGCACAGCCACAGUAAUCAUGGGUACCGAAACAUGAAGAAAGAUGAACAAUGGACACAUGAUCAUUUAUAUGGAAUGAGUGAGACGAUGUUCAGUGCAUAUCAGUCACAAAUUGAAGUUUCUUCUCCAUUCAAUAGCAAUGAAUACGUAACAGAUGGUGUGCAGAUGAGGGUCCCAAAGGCAAUGACUGCAACCUCGCUAAAUUGUUCGUCCUACUACACGACCUGCUAAAUUUUUAUUUCUUUCACUCAUUCCAGUUGAUCUUUUUAUGAAUACCAGAGCAGAAGCUUUUGCAUAAAUGUGUCCUUUCGGUGAAGUUUGAUUGUGUAAACUCAGAAACUUGAGAUUUCAGUAUUUUUAUCAUACUUGGAUGGCCAGGAAUUCUUAGCCGGCUUAUCAUUUGCUCUACAAACGUCAGAGCUGCCGGGCAGAACUGGGCUCAGCUAGCUCAGUAGUCUGACACACUGUCUGACAUUGUGCCUGACAUAAAGUCGGAAACUGUCCCGGACAUUGUAUAAAGAAUCAGGGUUCGUAGUGAUGAGUUGAACGGCAUGAUGCCACGUGAAACCUUUUGGCGAUUGCCCUUAAAAUGGCUUGCAUGAUUGGACCGUGCCCAUCCUAGUGUCAGUACCGGUGUCAAACGAAUAUUGUUGAAUUGUCUUUCUGGUAUUUUAGCUUUCAUCUGCACAGAACGUUAUUAAGCAAACUUAUCAUUUUAAAGCCAAUUUGUAUUUUUGUAGUCGUUUCUUCCGUACGCAAGUAAUAAAGUGUUUCGUGUCCUUAUUUGUUAUCGGUUCUCUGUUUAUUAUCGUAAAAUUAUUGAGCUAGGAUGCAUGUGUGUGGCAAAUUCAGUGACAGUGUGCAGAUAACCCUGUGUGCGCGACAUGCAUACGCAAAACUGUGUACGCAAAAUUAUGCCUAAAAUAAAAACCUACCUUUGAAUUAUAGAUGCCAUUGCCUUAGCCACGUGCUCAUUGCACCGACGCUCUCUUGAAUUCUGAAUUGCAAGUCACUGGAAGCCAUUCCACGAAUUAACGGCGGUGAUGCAUCUGCUUGAAAGCGAAUAUACUUGUGCAAUUCCUACGUGUAAACCCGCCUGCACGCUAAAGAAAGGAAAACCAGUUGUGUUUUCAAGAAUGAAUGAACCAAUUAAUGUAUCCAUUACUUAAUGGGAAAUAAAAUUCUUCACGCCUUUAGCUAUUUGUUUUCUUCAUUCCUUGACCGUUAUGGAGAUUAGUUAAUUCAUUCGCAGAACGAAAUCAUCAGUGGUGAAUUCACAGUUAUGAGCGCGCUUGGAACUCGGAAGCAUUUACGAAGCGCUAUCUCGGCGCGGUGAAGGGUGUUGUUUUUUGUUUGUGUUUUGGCCCUAAUAAAAUUCACCUGUUCGACAAGGCU